AUGAAUAUCAACUCCUUUCAUCACCAAAUUCUCCCUAAUAGGAAGACUCCUCUUGAGUUUGAAAUAUCUCUUGAGCUUGAAAUAUUGAUAUGCUAUGAGCUAAAUGGUCUGGACCCCACAAAUCCGGUCCGGCUUGGAUUAGUAAAAGCCCCAUGGAUCCAUCUCUAUUCUUACCCAGUUCUUCAUCGUUAUUGUUUUGGAAUUUGUUGGUGGGGUUUUGGUGUAAUGGGUUGCACACCAUCGAAGCAAUCUGUAUGCCGGAAUUGCAAUGCUCAAUGUUCUCCGGUGCGGAGGAGCUAUUCGUCAGACGUUCACCGUUCUUCUACUUCUACACACGACGGCGCCGACCACCGCCACAUCGUAGCACUCACCUCCACCACCCUUGGUUACCUUCAACUCGAUUCAUCCAAACCCAAGGUGCGCCAUGAUCCAGUCCGACAAAAUCUCCCGGAGAAGAACAGCAAGGAUUUUGCAGUUGGAGUCAUCGAGGCCAAAACAUGGUCUAAGAUGAUCAACGAAAAGAUCACGAAAACUGCUCCAAGAACGCCCAUUAGAACUCCUACCGGUGAGCCAGAAACGAUCAAUACGUGGGAGUUGAUGGAGGGUUUGGAUGAUUCAAGCCCUCUCCGACCACCAUCCACGGUGGAUUUGGAUCACAUCCGUCAUUUCUCCUACAACGUUAAUUCCAACUCUAUUCCACAAGAAAAAGAUCGAGAUGUUGAAGUAUUGUGCAAACCAUUAUGGCUACAAAUCAAAGAGAGGAACCAUUUGGAUUCGAAUUCAAACUCGAACAACACAUCUAUUGCAUCAUAUCUUGAUCUGAAUCAAAAGCCAUUAAUCUGCGGAAAACAACAGUCAUCCGAAGGUAACAAUCUUGAUGAUGUGAAGAGAUCGUUACAAGAUGGAAAAACCGAAAUUAUGUAUGGUCACACUCACAAAGACAAAUUGAUUUUAUACUUCACAAGCUUAAGGGGUGUUAGAAAGACUUACGAGGAUUGUUGCCAUGUUCGAGUCAUUCUGAAGAGUUCUGGUGUUCGAGUUGACGAACGUGAUGUAUCCAUGCAUUCGGGUUUCAAGGAGGAACUCAAGGAGUUGUUGGGUGAUCGAUUUGGUCUUGGUGGGGGGUUGCCGAAGGUGUUCGUUGGGAAGAAAUACAUCGGUGGUGCUGAGGAAAUUAGGCGAUUGCAUGAUGAGUUUCAACUAGAUAAGGUGUUAGAAGGUUGUGAAAUGGUGGAUGACGGUGGUGGUGGUUGUGGUGGUGGAGGAGGAUGUGAGGGUUGUGGAGAUGUCAGAUUUUUACCAUGUGAGACGUGUUCUGGAAGCUGUAAGAUUUACUAUGAAGUUGAUUCUCAUGAAGGUGAAAAAGAAGAAGAAAAUGAUUAUGGGUUUCAAAGAUGUCCCGAUUGCAAUGAAAACGGACUCGUAAGGUGUCCAAUAUGUUGCGAUUAA